ACAUUUUGAGAAAGGUAAUGUUAAAAAAGUACCAUGAGUGAAAAAUCUAAAACUUAGAAUCGGACGGGCUUUUUUUUGGAUCUUGGGAGGGGUUAAAAAUCCUGAUUCGCCUCUAUCAACAGCCACAAAUAGGCCCAAUUGGGGCAAAAUUCCUAAACCCAACUUGGAUUGUGGUUGCUUUUCCAACGGCUCUCUGCCCCACUGACCAGUAUCGUUAUCGCCGCCAAUGCCAUUUUGCUGUGUCCCGCCCAAAUGUUGGGUUCGAGCUUUUACUCAUCAAUGGACGGUAUACAUACAAAGAAGUGAUUCGACCAACAUAGAAAGUCUUUGACAAGCAGCAUUGAGGAUAAUGGAGGCCCCAAGAUCUCCCGUUUUGAUAUCUUCGGAUUUCUGUGCGUAUCACCUCCAAACAUGCCUCAAAUUGAGAGACCCUUUUGCUGGGAAAGCAAUCCACACUCUAGUCAUCAAAGCUGGUCUUCAUCUCAGCGUCUACUUGAUGAAUAACCUAAUGAACUUUUAUGCCAAAACUGGGUCUGUUUCUGAUGCUCACCGUUUGUUUGAUGAAAUGCCUGUUAGGACUUGCUUCUCCUGGAAUACCAUUCUAUCGGCUUAUGCAAAACGGGGUCAGUUUGAUAUGGCCAUUCGGGUUUUUAAUGAGAUACCUGAACGUGAUUCUGUUUCCUGGACUGCCAUGAUCGUGGGUUACAAUCACAUGGGUCGUUUUAGCAAUGCUGUUAGGAUGUUUGUAGACAUGAUUUGGAAUAGAGUUCCACUGACUCAGUUCACGGUUACUAAUAUUCUUGCCUCUUGUGCUGCAAUUGAAGGUUUAGGUAUUGGUAGGAAGAUUCACUCCUUUGUUGUUAAAUUUGGGCUGAGUAGUUACGUUUCCGUUGCGAAUUCACUGAUAAACAUGUAUGCUAAGUCUGGGGACCCAAUGACUGCAAAAGUUGUAUUUGACAGCAUGAGAUCGAAAGAUAUUUUGACCUUGAAUGCUAUGAUUUCUUUGCAUAUGCAAUGCAGUCGCUUUGACCUUGCUGUCUCUCUGUUUGAGCAAAUGACUGAACGGAAUAUAGUUUCUUGGAAUGCAAUAAUUGCAGGAUACAAUCAACAUCGAUGUGAUGUGGAAGCACUCACUGUCUUCUCAAAUAUGCUGAAAGAUUCUUCUUUAAAACCAGAUAACUUUACUUUGGCAAGUGUUUUGUCAGCUUGUGCUAAUCUUGAGAAGUUGCAACUUGGGAAACAAAUCCAUGCUCACAUUAUAAGAAAUAAUUUUGAUACCUCUGUUGAAGUAGGAAAUGCUCUGAUCUCAAUGUAUGCCAAUUCUGGUGGUGUUGAAAUUGCAAGAAAGAUUUUAGUAGACAGCAGGACCUCAGAUCUCAAUGUUAUUGCUUUUACAGCCCUAUUAGAUGGAUAUCUUAAGCUAGGGGAUAUAAGCCCAGCAAGAAAGAUAUUUGACUCAUUGAGAAACCGUGAUGUGAUUGCAUGGACAGCCAUGAUUGUAGGUUAUGCACAAAAUGGACUGUAUAAUGAUGCUUUGGAGCUGUUCAGAUCAAUGAUAAGAGAAGGCCCCAAGCCAAACAAUUAUACUUUGGCAGCCAUGUUGGGUGUCAGUUCAACUUUAGCUUCUUUGGAUCAUGGAAAACAAAUUCAUGCAAGUGCCCUAAGAUCAGGGGAAGUGUCAUCAGUUUCUGUUAGCAAUGGUCUAAUUACUAUGUAUGCCAAAGCUGGAUGCAUCAAUGCUGCAAAGCAAGUAUUCAAUCUGAUACAGUUGAACAAAUUUACUGUGUCUUGGACUUCCAUGAUUAUAGCACUAGCUCAACAUGGUCUUGGGGAAGAAGCCAUUGAACUAUUUGAAACAAUGCUCACACUUGGUAUUAAGCCUGAUCAAAUAACUUAUGUUGGUGUUCUCUCUGCCUGUACGCAUGCAGGAUUGGUGGAGAAGGGCAAAAGCUACUAUAAUUUGAUGAGAAAUAUCCACAAAAUUGAACCCACCAGUAGCCAUUAUGCUUGCAUGAUUGACCUGUUUGGUCGUGCUGGAUUGCUUCAAGAAGCAUUCGAUUUUAUUGAGACUAUGCCUAUAGAACCAGAUGUUAUAGCUUGGGGUUCUUUUUUAUCUUCUUGUAAAGUUCAUAAGAAUGUUGAUUUGGCUAAAGUUGCAGCAGAAAGAUUACUCCUUAUUGAACCUGAUAAUAGUGGAGCCUACACGGCCCUUGCUAAUUUAUACUCAGCUUGUAGAAAUUGGGAUGAUGCUGCAAAAAUUAGAAAGUCGAUGAAGGAUAGGGGAGUGAAGAAGGAGCAAGGUUUCAGUUGGAUUCAGAUUCAGAACAAAGUCCAUCUAUUUGCGGCAGAAGAUGGAUUUCACCCACAGAAAGAUGCCAUCUAUGAGAUGAUGGAAAAGAUAUGGAACGAGAUUAAAAAGAUGGGUUUCAUUCCUGACACUGAGGCAGUAUUACAUGACCUUGAAGAAGAAGUGAAGGAGCGCAUACUUUUACAUCACAGUGAGAAACUUGCCAUUGCAUUUGGGCUGAUAAGUACCCCGGAGAAUACCACACUAAGGAUCAUGAAGAACCUCAGAGUCUGUAAUGAUUGCCACUCUGCCAUUAAAUUUAUAUCCAAGCUAGUGGGUAGAGAAAUCAUUGUGAGAGAUGCUACUCGUUUUCAUCAUUUCAAGAAUGGUAUGUGUUCUUGUCGUGACUAUUGGUAGUUAUAAAAAAAUGAGAUGGGAACGAUUCAUUACUCAAGAAUUAAACUUUGUCUAUUUAGUACCUCCUACCGGAAAGUUUGAUUCAUGGAGAAAAGGCAGGUGGUACUUAUAUGUAAAGAAAUUUCUUCUCUGAGAUCAAUUUAAUAUUUUUGAAGUAGGAAAUACUAAUUUGCUAGAUAUCUUGGAUACCAUACUACAUGCCAGAAUACUAGAGACCGCUUGUAAGAGCCCAUUGGUAGAAGAAGGUCAAAUCAGAUCCAUCAACAUGGUACCAGUCAUUUGCUGAUCAUACUGAUAAUAAAAUAUUAUCUCCAAUUCCAUGACUACUGCUGUGAGUGCAUGUAUUAAGUGCUGGAAUCCGCUUAAAAAAUAGGAUGGAUGCCUUCUCCAUCCCUGGGAAUGAUGUUAAGGGUCUUGCACCACCUGCACCUGCCAGUGUUAUAUACGCAGCAAAAAGGUCAUUACCAUAUAUAUGUCACCUAUCAUAGUCCUGUAGGUAUGCUCCUCCAUGAUUUCUCUGCUUAAGUUGGGAUUACUAAUCUCAUUCUAAACUACGAGAUUAACUAGUGACUGGUGAUUCAAGAAUUUCCUAUAAUUAGGACCCUUCAGAUUUCGUCACUCAAAAGUUGCAUAAUGUAAAAUUGUAAGUAGUUAUAUUGUAGACAAAAUUUUGAAGAAACCCUCAAACUGCAAUCCUAUCAUGCCUGUCUGUCUUAAUUUUAUCUUUAUGUUGCCCAAUUGCAUAGUUAGCUAAAAGGAAUCUUAAUGCAAUAUGUCUUUUUCUA